AUCAAGGACGGUGGCUACUAAUAAAUUAUUCACAGUUGAUGAUCUGCGCGCUUAUCGGCCUGGCCGUCGCCAUGCCAGCUGUAUCUCCAGGUGAUGAUGCCCACGCUGAAGUCCUUAGCCGCACGGAUGAUGUCCGCGCUGAUGGUUUUAAUUCAGAAUUAAAGACCAGCAAUGGCAUUGAACAAACUGCUAGUGGUGAUGAGCACGGCACCAUCCACGGCAGCUUCAGCUGGACCUCGCCCGAGGGUCUGCCGGUCAAUCUCAAUUAUGUGGCCGAUGAGAACGGUUAUCAGCCACAGAGUGACGUUCUGCCCACAUCUCCCCCAAUCCCAGAAGCAAUUGCGCGCGCUCUUGAGUGGAUUGCUGCCCAUCCCUCAACCAACGAAGAACAACAUUAAAUGUCUUUUGAUUGU